CGGCUUUCCUCCUGCUAAAAUGGCGGCUGCUGUGGGAAGAGGGGCGUGUGGCUGAGGAGGCUCGCGCUCCCUUUCCCGUGGCUGGCUCUGCGGGGCUGGGGGUUAGGGGUUAACGAGGGGGCUGCGACACAGUCACUAUUGCUGGUUAGCACUUCCAAGAAGAAGAAAAAUGACAUCAAUUAUCAAGCUAACCACCCUCUCGGGGGUGCAGGAAGAAUCUGCUCUCUGCUAUUUACUUCAAGUAGAUGAGUUUCGUUUUCUUUUGGAUUGUGGCUGGGAUGAGAAUUUUUCUAUGGACAUUAUUGAUUCCCUAAGAAAACAUGUUCACCAGGUUGAUGCAGUUCUUCUUUCACAUCCUGAUCCUUUACACUUGGGUGCACUUCCAUAUGCAGUAGGAAAGAUGGGAUUAAAUUGUGCUAUUUAUGCAACCAUUCCUGUAUACAAAAUGGGCCAGAUGUUCAUGUAUGAUCUCUACCAGUCUCGCCAUAAUACAGAAGACUUCACUUUGUUUACCCUUGAUGAUGUUGAUGCAGCUUUUGAUAAAAUACAACAACUAAAAUUUUCUCAGAUUGUCAAUCUGAAAGGGAAAGGGCAUGGCUUGUCCAUUACACCACUGCCAGCAGGCCAUAUGAUAGGAGGCACAAUUUGGAAGAUAGUUAAAGACGGAGAAGAAGAAAUUGUUUAUGCUGUUGACUUCAACCACAAGAGGGAGAUCCAUUUGAAUGGAUGUUCCCUGGAAAUGUUAAGCAGACCUUCAUUGCUUAUCACAGAUUCCUUUAACGCUACAUAUGUACAGCCAAGACGGAAACAAAGAGAUGAACAACUGCUAACAAAUGUCUUGGAAACUCUGAGAGGUGAUGGAAAUGUCCUAAUAGCUGUGGACACUGCAGGCAGAGUUUUGGAGCUUGCCCAAUUGCUUGAUCAAAUAUGGAGGACAAAAGAUGCAGGUUUAGGUGUCUACUCAUUAGCACUUUUAAAUAAUGUCAGCUACAAUGUUGUGGAGUUCUCAAAAUCUCAGGUAGAAUGGAUGAGUGACAAGUUGAUGAGAUGCUUUGAAGAUAAGAGGAACAAUCCUUUCCAGUUCCGUCAUCUCUCUCUGUGCCAUGGACUUUCAGAUUUGGCUCGAGUUCCUAGUCCCAAAGUUGUCCUUGCUAGCCAACCAGAUCUGGAGUGUGGAUUUUCAAGAGAUCUAUUUAUACAAUGGUGUCAGGAUCCCAAAAACUCUAUCAUUUUGACAUAUAGGACCACUCCUGGAACACUAACACGAUUCCUAAUAGAUAAUCCCUCUGAAAAAGUUAUAGACAUAGAGCUGAGGAAAAGGGUCAAACUGGAAGGAAAGGAACUUGAGGAAUACUUGGAGAAGGAAAAGCUAAAGAAAGAGGCAGCUAAAAAACUAGAGCAGUCCAAAGAGGCAGAUAUUGAUUCCAGUGAUGAGAGUGAUGUCGAAGAGGACAUUGAUCAACCAUCUGUUCAUAAAACUAAACAUGACCUGAUGAUGAAAGGUGAAGGUAACCGGAAAGGAAGCUUCUUCAAACAGGCCAAAAAGUCAUACCCCAUGUUUCCAGCUCCAGAAGAGAGAAUUAAAUGGGAUGAAUAUGGAGAGAUUAUCAAACCAGAGGACUUCCUUGUUCCAGAGCUUCAAGCAACAGAAGAAGAAAAGAGCAAACUGGAAUCUGGGCUCACAAAUGGAGAUGAACCUAUGGACCAGGAUUUAGCAGAUGUUCCUACCAAAUGUGUUUCAGCAACAGAAUCCAUGGAAAUAAAAGCUCGUGUUACAUACAUAGAUUAUGAAGGGCGCUCAGAUGGGGACUCCAUUAAAAAAAUCAUUAAUCAGAUGAAGCCGCGGCAGUUGGUCAUUGUUCAUGGUCCGCCCGAUGCCAGUCAGGAUCUUGCAGAGUCCUGCAGAGCUUUUGGUGGAAAGGACAUUAAAGUUUACAUGCCCAAAUUGCAUGAAACUGUGGAUGCAACCAGUGAGACCCAUAUAUACCAGGUGAGGUUAAAAGACUCUCUGGUCAGCUCCCUUCAGUUUUGUAAAGCAAAAGAUGCUGAAUUGGCAUGGAUAGAUGGAGUCCUGGACAUGCGGGUAUCAAAAGUGGACACGGGGGUGAUUUUGGAAGAAGGGGAACUGAGAGAUGAUGGAGAAGACCUGGAAAUGCAAGUGGAUGUGCCAUCUUCAGAUUCUAGCGUUGUUGCACAGCAAAAGGCCAUGAAGAGCCUCUUUGGAGAAGAUGACAAAGAAAUUUGUGAGGAAAGUGAGAUCAUUCCUACCUUGGAACCCUUGCCACCAAAUGAGGUUCUUGGACACCAGUCUGUCUUCAUGAAUGAGCCAAGACUGUCUGACUUUAAGCAGGUUCUGUUGCGAGAAGGAAUUCAGGCUGAAUUUGUAGGAGGAGUCCUUGUAUGCAACAACUUGGUGGCUGUUCGCAGGACAGAAACUGGCCGUAUUGGAUUGGAAGGCUGCCUCUGUGAAGAUUUCUAUAAAAUUAGAGACCUUUUAUAUGAGCAGUAUGCUAUUGUCUAAAGGAGAACUGUAAAUAUGAUACAUAUGGACUUGAUUUAUUUUUGUGAGAUCCUUUGGUAGCACAUAUGAUAGGGCAAUUACUAGCUGUUUACAAGGCUUCCAGCAGAAGAACCCAGCAUCUGGACCUAAUUGGAUAAAUUUCAGAUUAAGAAAACUGCAUACAAAUAUCCCAUACAUUCCCCAAUUUUACUCUCAGAUUAAUGCAAUAUAUUUUUUGUUACAUGUUAAAAGAUUUUUGGACAGCAUUUCAUUUCAGAUAGUGUUAUGGAAGCUGUUAUUUAAAAUAUUAAGGUUAUGUAUAAGAAUGCAUAAUGUGUAUAUGUAAAGGUAGGUUUUCCUAUUUUGCAAUUAAAAUAAUUUCCUUCCAUCCUUGAUUUUGUGGGAAAUUGAAAAUCCACUGUUGCUUUGGUAAAACCAGACUCAAUAGACCAUGGAAACAUUGGUCUCUUCACCCCACCCCACCCCAAAUUGAAGUAAUUUUCGGGGGAAACAGACAUCUUAAUAUUCCAAUUAUUUAGCGGAUGGGUGGAUGAAGUAAAUUAUUAGUAAAUUAAAAGUACUUUUUAGCGAUGGGUUUUGGAUAAUAAAUUCAGUCACUUAGUUAUUUCUACUAAACACACCAUACAGUUACCCAGAACUAGAGAUGUGCACGGGACGCCUCCCUCUGUUGCAAUGAAUGGUGGGAAUGGGGAGAGCACUGGAGUUCUUGGCUCAAGUUGGAGCUGGGCCACAGAACAGCUUGUGGGUUGGGCUUAAGAGAGAGGCUCUUAAGCCUCUCUUAAUGUAUAGCUCUUAAAAGUUAUUGCUGCUGACAAAGGCAAAAUUAUUUCAUGAAUUUUAGUGUAUCCAGCGUAGAUCCAAAUAUUAUUAAUGCUGGGUAUAUUUCCAAUGAAAUUAUUGCAUUAAGGUUUUUACUUGUGAAUUAUUUGUUAACCAUAUGUCUGCUUUUUAAGUAAACUAAAGGAAGCAAAUAAUGCAUGUAAGUAGCCCUGUGGGCUGUGGAUGGUAUGAUAAAGUGUGCAUAACUAGAUGAUUUUGUUACUUGUUUAAUUGGAAUAAUAAUUUUAAAGGACAGCCAUCACUGUUUUGAAAAUGUAUGAUAGAUUUAAAAAUACGUAGUGAAUUCUACAGUUAUGUUCGUUAAGAAGAAAAUUCACUCCUGUUUCACUUUUGUCACUUUCCAUAGAGGGUUGCCAGAUUAAUAUAGGACAGAACUGCUGAGUUCUUAAUAGUUUGAUAGAUAAGGAAAAUUUGGCAGUGAAUUGUCGCUCCAUUGCGGCACUUCUCAUUUCUGUUCAGACAGAAGUCUUUUCCCAUACUGAACUUCUACCCUUGAAUAAUAUAGUGGUUUCAUUUCUGCCAUACUGAUUUGUUACAUGUUAUUUCAGUAAUUUGAUUUUAAUCACAUACAGCCUAAAUAGUAUACAGAUACGAAAAUAUCUGGUUUUGCUGUCACAUUUUUCUUUAGCUGUCAAAUCUGUAAACUAACCAUGGAAUAUAAGUUGUGGUAGGACCUGGGGGAAAUGGUGUCUUCUUGGUGAUUAUAUUGGCUCAAUGUACAUUUUCAUAUCUCUCUCAGAUUUUUCUACUCCAUGAACAUUUCUUUUAAAAGUAUGUAACACUUCAAGUCAGCCACUAAAUUAUGAAAUACAACAUAUUGACAUCUUUGAAACAUAACCUCUCAUUGCUAGGAUAAAAAACCCAACAGGAUAAUAAAAUCCAUUCCACAUGAA